AUGCUCAACUUCAUCACCGACCAGGUGACGGGAAAUCAUGAGAGCGAUCAUGAAGGAGGAGGUCAUUGCAACCCAUGUUGCUCGAUUUGUAUGGGGAUCUUGCUCAUCAUCAUUGCUCCUUAUGUCAUUUGGAACACAGAAGGUGACUAUGUGAAGACUAUGAGGGCCCUGGAUGCUGCGGGGAAGACGGCUGUAGAGCCAUGUCCCUACAAUGACGCUGGCUCGUGUGCAAACUGCAAGUUGGACACAUUGAAAGAGCAGCAGCUGGUGUUCCUGGCUUGUGACUUCGAGAACAUGAAGACCCUCUCCAACCUGCAGAAGGAUGGCUUUGGGUUAAGUGCAUUGGCACCCAUGGUGAAUGGCGUGGAGAAGGCGGUGAAAUUCAGCUGGAGUGCUGAGAUGUAUCAGUGGAAGCAGACGAGCAAAGACCCGAUUAAACUUCAGAUGGAUGUGAUGGACUGCACUGCCGCUGGAACGCUGGACGAUGACAGCGACCCGGAUCAAACCAAGCGGAGGCAGUUGUGCUGUGCCGGGCCCUCCACGCCUGGCCGUAAAAAGUUCAAGGCGGAAUACUAUGGAGCCACCAAAACGUGUCAGCCCUACAAGGGAGCCACAGGCAACCAGGAGACAGCCAGCAGCUUCGCCAUUUCAGCGGAGGAUGACUUGGAGGAUGACUUGGAGAAGGGCGUCGAAGAGUUCGAGGAGAUUUCAGCAGAGGAGUCACCCGGAGAGGUGACCAAGGAUAUGUUGAACACGUCCUCCAGCAGGGUGGAAAGCAUCUCGGUGCGCCGUGCCAGUGAUGUGGGCCGUGUCGGUUUGCUGCGCAAAGGAGGCAGCAGCGACUCGCGCCGCCGCAGGACCAGCUUCACCUGCGAGUUUCCGUGCUACCAUUGGGACCAAGACUGGUUCAGCGAGGCCGCCACUGAUCCCAAGACUUGGUCACCAACACCAACCUUCAUCUCGCAGGUUGGAUGGCUGAAAGGUGCUCCUGCCAAGAACCUCAAUCUUCCAUACAAUGACGCCACGAGCUUCAUCUCGGACGUGACGAUCGGCGGCAUUGAGAUCGGCACCUUCGAUCCGAUCAGCGGCGCCCUGGGGUCAACCACUGCCAGGCUGAGCCAAACCGGUGCGUCGCAAGGCGAGGAUUUGUCGACUGCAGUGGCGCAGAAAGAGACCUGGGAUGGAGUGAAUGUCACCACCUACACGCGUGAUGUGGAGUGGACGGCCAAGGAGGCCUUCAUCGGGGCCAAGACCAAUUGCUUGGUGAGUCGUCGAGCUGCGACCUACCAACCCGGGGAUUUGAGGAUGUGCUUCCAGCGCUCCACCCUCAGCAAGGUGUCGGUCAUUGCGGCGGUGACCAAGACAGCGGCAGGGGGAUAUUCACUGGUCGUGUCCAAAGACCACCUGCGGGCCAAGACGAAGCUUCGAUCAUCCGCCGAGGGCUAUCGAAUGCGGGCGGACUGGAGCUUGUUGGUUCUUUCCACCUUCACCCUCUGA